CUGGUGGCGUUGUGGUUGUAGAUUCAAAUUUUGAAAUUAAAAUUCCGUUGACUUUGUUUUGACAAACGAAACGAUUGACCGUAAUUUAAAUUUUGUUAAUUUAAUGUAUUUCCUAUUUGAAUAGGUUCUUAAAGAUGUCACGCAUUCCUAAAUAUCCAGUUGCGGCUAAAGAGAAUCGGCCAGCGAUAUCGAAUACGCGAAAUGUGACUAGAACCAUUGGUAGUGGCCUCAGUGAGACGGACAAAAAGAACUUGUUAUUAAAUCAUACUAAACCUAUGCGUAAUGCUCCUGUUGCAUCCGCGCCGGCUCCUCGAAUCAAGAGAUCAGCAACAGUACCCGCACCAUCGGUAGUACCCAGUAAAAUAACAAAAGUUGAAAAAAAAUCUGCAGCGGUAGCACCAAAAAUUGCUCCUUAUGAUUACAAAGCAAGAUUUAAUGACUUGUUAGAAAAGCACAAGGGAAUAAAGAGUGAACUUAGCGAACUAAGAGAUAAACAUGUAGAAGUCUCUGACGAGUAUGAAAGAGUUAAGGAAACAGUUGAAGGCAGUAUUGCAGAGAGAGAUAUGUUGAAAGAAAAACUAUUGAACACUUUAAAGGACUUAAGACAGAAGUCUAUUGAAUAUGAAAGCUUAAAAAUUGACCAUGAAAUCAAAAAACAAGAAAAUGAAGAACUGCUUGGAAAAGCAAAUCUUCUGGAAGAUAUUACAAAUAGUUUGAAACUGAAGUCUCUAGAAUUUGACAGACUGAAAAUAGAGUUUGAUGAAUUGUCACGCCGUCAUAAAAGUCUUAGUGAAGAAGCUGAAGCACUAAGGGUUUUAACAGAUCACCUAAAAAAAAUAUCUGUUGAGCAUGAUAAAUUACAGUUGGACUACAAAGAUAUAGUUGAUGUUAUGACAAAGACAAAAACGGACACAGAUGCUUUACAAAAUAUUUUAGCUACAAUGUACACUGAUCAAAGAGUUUUAAGGAAUACUGUGCAAGAUCUAAAAGGAAACAUUAGAGUUUAUUGCAGAGUACGACCACCAUUGGAAACAGAGGCAUCAAAGCCUUUGUAUAAUCUCAAUGUACUUGAUGCUUGUUCUAUUGAAGUUGAAAAGAUUGAACUGCUUAAUUCAGUGCGGAAAGGUAAAUCCCAGCAUUCAUUCUCUUUUGAUGGUAUUUUCACACCUCACUCAACCCAAGAAGAUGUGUUUGCAGAAGUUUCGCAAAUGGUCCAAUCUGCUUUAGAUGGCUAUAAUGUUUGUAUUUUUGCAUAUGGUCAAACUGGUUCUGGCAAAACUUACACAAUGGAAGGUGGUAGUGGUGAGGAGCAGUAUGGUAUCAUACCAAGGGCUAUUAAUAUGAUUUUUACAUGUAUGGGUGAUCUUAAAAGAAUGGGUUGGGAUUUAGCCAUCAAAGCAUCCUUUUUAGAAAUUUACAAUGAAGUCAUUUAUGAUUUAUUGAAUUCAUGUAAAGAUCAAGUAAAUCAUGAAAUAAAGAUGAUGAAUUCUAAAGGCACUGAUUUGUAUGUUUCAAAUUUAAAAGAAGAAGAAGUCAAGAGCUCUCACGACUUCAUCAGGCUGUUAUUAUUCGCUCAACGUAAUAGGCAAACUGCUGCUACAAUCAAUAACGAAAGAAGCUCCAGGUCUCAUUCAGUUGCACAGAUUAAAAUAACUGCUAUAAAUGAAAAACGUAAGGAAAAGUUUACUAGUAACUUGAAUCUAGUAGAUUUAGCAGGUUCUGAAAGUGGGAAAACCACUCAGAGGAUGGAUGAAACUAAACAUAUUAAUAGAUCACUUUCGGAACUUUCAAAAGUGAUUCUUUCAUUGCAAACCAACCAAUCACACAUCCCCUACAGAAAUUCUAAACUUACUCAUCUAUUAAUGCCGAGCCUUGGUGGUAAUUCUAAAACCCUUAUGUUGGUGAAUAUCAAUCAAUUUGAUGAAUGUUUUGGUGAGACUCUCAACUCCUUGAGGUUUGCCACAAAAGUAAACAGUUGCCGAUCAAUUAAGGCUAAGAAAAAUUUAACUCAGUUAGGUGACUUAUAAUACUCUGACAUUUAUUUUUAUUGACAUAUUCCAGAUACUUAGUUAUAGUACCUAAUAUUAAUUUAACAUAGUAUAUAAUCUGACCAUGAGAGAAAAAUAUCCACCACCCAUGGGAUAACAGAAAAGGCAUAAGGCAAUAGCUUUAUUAUCAAUUCUUUUGUAUGAAGAAUUUUAUAAUUUUGUUACUAAAUGUUGCCCUAUUAUUAUUAAUUAACUAUUAUUAAUUAUUACAUUUAAUUAGUUUUAGUAACUUUUAAACACCUUACUAAAUAUGCCACCGAAUAAACUAUAUAGUUUCAGGGAUAAAGCUUUUAAACUUACAAAUCCUUUAUUGUAGAAAGCUUUUCUAUACUGAGAUCUAAAAUUAAGAUUGGAAUAUAAUUGCUGGGCAAGUUUUGCUGAUGUUAUGCAAUGUAUGGUAAAAUUAGGUAUCUUUGUUAGUCUAUAAAAUUUAUGUAACUUAAUAAUUGUUAUAAUGAUUAUCAUGAGCCAGGCAUAUAAUGAGACUCUGUGGAAAAAUAAGAACAAUGUUAUAACAGUGUAAAAGAUACCAAAAGCAACAUUGAAAUGUUUAUUAUUAUGGUUUGUAACCUGGAUUGAAUUGUCUCAAUGAGAAAAACUUUUCAGGUAUCCAUAGAGCAGAAUGAUUCCCAUUUUCUAACAUUUACAAUUACUAUUUAUUGACUUAUCAAUAGAAUAACGUUUAGGGUGGCUUUUUGGAUGCAGUUUUAUUGUGGCUUUACCAUCUGCUAUUUUACAGCCUGUGAGCAAAAUCUGUAAGAAAUUCAAAUUCAAUCUGUAAGCAAAAUCUGUCACAUUUAUCUCAUUUGGAUUCAAUCCAGUUUAUAUAAUUAUAAUUUUUAUACCUAGGCUAUUAUUAAUUUUUAAUUGAAUCUAAAUUUG